AUGGCGGAAGCCCCCCUCAUCCCAAUUCGCACGGAGCACUUUGCGAGGCCUGUCCAGCAAGGUAGCCACCCAUCAGACGAGUCAUCACAACUGGCUCGAAUCACUGCCCCGGUCUGGCAAGGCAGAUGUGCCCCGUCAAUCGGCUGCCAGCCAGCCUCGUCGCCUCGGUUCCCGGAGACACAUGAUGAAAUCGCACAUUCGGACGACGUCGCACAUAACAUCUUGACCUGCGACCUGGGAUACCCAAUUGAACUAGUUCAUGGACAAGCCUGUCCUCGGCUCGGUCCAUUUGUAGAUCAGUCGAACCAUAUAAAGGGAUCCACCGUCUCUCCUUUUUGUUGCAAUGUCUUUUGCCUUAAUCCUGCCUGCUCCUUCUUUCCCCAACUUGGCUCCUUCCUCGUCAACAUACACAACCCACCACUUGUCCUCGUGCUAGUUCCUUCCUAUUCUUUUUAUAUACCCCCUCCAUCUCCUGCGCCCCUCAUCCUCUUCCAUCCCAUCAACCCCAGAUUCCAACCCCCUCCCCAAAACUCAAUCCUCAGUCAACCCGCUUUCCGAUCGUUGUGGAAAAUGGCUGCCCCUGCGGACAAGACUUUGAAGAACCUCAACGGCCAGUGGACCGUGAACAAGGAGUUGUCUGAGUCUGCCGAUCCGGCCCUGACCAUCCAGGGCAUCGGCUACCUUAUCCGCACGGGGAUUAGCUAUGCCACCAUCAGCCUCAGCGUGAACCAGUACGAGGCUCCUCCCAAGCCCCCGAACGAGUCUACCGACACCGUCGUCCACAUCGACAUCGACCAGUCCGCCUCUGGCCUCACCAACACCCAGGAGAACCGGUGCCUGGACAACACCUACCGCGACCACACUGACUGGCUGUUUGGCCACGUCAAGGGCCGCAGCACAUGGGUCGGCCGGGACGAGAUCGAGGACGCCUACCUGAAGAACGGCUGGGAGGCCGAGGCUGACGGCAAGCUCAUCUUCAGCCACGUCGAGAGCUUGGAUGCCGGCUGGACGGCCACCCAGGUCUGGGGUUUCCAGCUGGUCAAUGGCGAGCGCCGGUACUGCCGCAACAUUGUCGUCGCCAAGGGCAGCGAGCGGGCCGAGUUCCGCCUCGUCUACGACUACAACGUCUAG